AUGUUUGCCACGCAAGACGCCGGGCUGCCGCCCAGCUACUACGCGCACCCGAACCCCUCUCAUUUGGACAGCUUUGUCGAAGAUGUCCUCGAUCCGCCCCCUCUAUACGACUGGGCAGUGAUGAUGGGGGACAGAGACCAGCAGGAGGAACAGCAGCCAACUCCACCACGGCAAGAUGUCGACGACCAAGCAACGUCGUCGAUCAUCGCCUCUGAAGCCUCGCAGAGAGCUUUCUCCUAUGGUACCAUUAGCGCUGACAUCAUGGCCGACUUCGACUUUCCUCAACCACCACCAAAGACGACGGCCGCGGUCAGGGACCUCGCGGUAGCAUCUUCGUCGUCUUCUACUCCUCAGAGAGGCUAUCGACCGACAGCGGCAUCCAUUCUAGAUGGCUUUGAUCCUACGCCUUUCUCUCCCCAAACAACUGGCGGCAGCAACAGCACCGCUGCAAGCACGCCCCCCAUGAUGUCUCCUCCCAUUCGCCCCAGAUCGGCCUCGCUUCUGGGAACAAACAACCCGUACAUCGCCCUCCUCGAGCAGAAGGAGCAGGCGAUGACGGUCGCUUUUCUGCGCACCCAUGACGUCGCCACUGGAUCCCGCUCGACAGAUCUCGCUGCCGACGAUUUCAGUUUCGGUCAGCGCUACCAGAGAGCCGCUGACACGACAGACGUCGUAGUUACGAGGCAAAGGCUACCAGCGAAUGACCUGGGCGGAUCAAGAGAGUGUCCUAUCUGCGCAGAGACUAGAGAGGCUUCGGAUUUCCCGAUCCUUAGCGUUACUUCGAUGUGUACUCACCCACCAGAGGCAUGCCUGGAAUGUCUCCAAAUGUCAAUCAGAUCAGACUUGAAUAGCAAACUCUGGACCGAGAUCCGAUGUCCCGAGUGUCGAGAGCUCCUCGAAUACGUCGACAUUCAGAAGUACGCAGACGAGGAAACGUUCGCCCGGUAG